AACGGUGCAACGCGCGGUAGUAUGUGCAAGAACUGUCAAAGGUGUAUAUUUGUCGGGAGAAAAAGUAAGCAAAUAUUUCGCGCUGGGAGCCUACCUGUGGCCCCCGUGUGACCCCAAAACAUCCAUCGAAGCCCCGUGCGGGUGCCCACGGUGGUAGUUAGUGCAGAAAGGAGCGUGCGGACGGGUGUUUUGUGUGCAGCCGGACGUUUUUCUCGGUCGGGCCACCUUCCCCCUCAAAUCUGAUUACACAGUGUUUUUGCUGGCGGGCGUGUGUGUGUGUGCGAUUGAGACGCGCUCCUUCCUACCCCCGAAGUGCCAAUCCGGGGAGGAUUUUACUUGUUUUGCCGCCACACAACACCGGAGGAGGUCUCCGGGGCUGCACUUCAAAAGGAGCGGCGGCAUUUGUGGGGCUGCUACGAAAUUGGCCCGCGCGUUGUUGCCUCCUCUGCGCGGGGAUGCCAUGAUACGGCGUGUACUCGUGUGGGGAACAAUCCAGGACUGCCUGGUGCUGCAUUGUGGCGCGAAUGCACGCGUGACGAGGGUGUGAGUGUGCCCACCGGGGGCCCCUGCACUGAGUGUGCCACCGCGAAGCGUCCGGAGGGCCGUGUGGCGCGCGCAUCGCGGCCCAGUGCGCGUGAGAGUGUGUGCGAGAGAAAUGGCGUUCGCCGGAGUGGCGAGAGCACCCCCUUCGGCGCCGUGACUCCGCGUGACCCGUCGUCGCGUGUGCGAACGGGCCCGGAUCGCCUCCUGGCCAAGUGUCAUUCACCUCCGUAUCUCGCAGAGUGAGUGUGGGGCUUGUUUUGGGGGCCGCCUCACACACACGCACUGCGCAGUGCUGGACAGGCAGUGUUUUGUUAACAACAUUCAUUUCUUCUGGCUGCACGUGAAUAAUAUCUACGCGACGAAAACAUUACGAUUAAAUUACGCGUUGCAAAAUAGACAUUAGACUGUGUUUGGGUCAACCAACAAUAAAUAAAUAAAAUAAGCAAAAAAAGUGGUGAAAAAAAGUGCCGCGUUGUGGGCUAAAUAAAACUAAAAAAAACUAAAGAAAAUUGUAUUUCUUAUCGUACUCACAGUGUCGUGAUUGAGCACACAGAGCAGUGAUAGUGAGUGUUUUGCGUGCGUGAGUUUUCAUUGAGCCUAUUCUUCGUGAAUAUGCGGCAAAAAUAAGUUCGGGGACAGCAUGAAGGAGAUGGUUGGUGGAUGUUGUGUCUGUUCCGACGAGAGAGGAUGGCCCGAGAAUCCCCUCGUGUACUGCGACGGGCAAAAUUGCACCGUGGCCGUCCACCAGGCGUGCUAUGGCAUCGUGACCGUGCCCACGGGCCCGUGGUACUGCCGGAAGUGUGAGAGUCAAGAGAGGAGUGCCCGCGUGCGGUGUGAACUGUGCCCGUCGCGCGAUGGGGCGCUCAAGAAGACGGAUAAUGCGAGUUGGGCGCACGUGGUGUGUGCCCUGUACAUCCCGGAAGUUCGCUUCGGGAAUGUCACCACGAUGGAGCCCAUCAUUCUGCAGCUGAUCCCAGCUGAGCGGUAUGCAAAGAAUUGCUACAUUUGCCAGGAGAUGGGAAAAGGGAGUCGCGCCAAUGUGGGCGCGUGCAUGCAGUGCAACAAGACGGGAUGUCGGAUGCAGUUCCACGUGACAUGUGCUCAAGCUCUGGGGCUGCUGUGCGAGGAAGCUGGGAAUUAUCUGGACAAUGUCAAGUACUGCGGGUACUGCCAGUACCACUAUAGUAAACUCAAGAAGGGGGGCAACGUCAAGACGAUCCCACCGUACAAACCCAUAACGCACGAAACGGGCUCGAGUGAUAGCCCGUCGUCGCCGGAGAAGGAGAGUGAGGCUCCAGCGGCGGGAGGGACGCCGGCUCAGAAGCCAUCUCAGCCGAACACUGCCACUGUUACUGCAUCAGCACUGCCAACGUCGGCGUCCUCGUCGAAGCAACGGAAAUCCAGUUCAGCAUCCAAAGGGGCUGCUCUGUCAAAUGCUGCAACCUCCUCGGCAAUCCCCACGGCACCAGGAAGUUCAGCGGGUGCUCAGCAGGUUGCACCAGCACUCCCAGGAUCCAGUACAACGCCUCCUGUGACUGGGACGGCUGGGGCGGGAGCUUCUAGCACGGGCAAGACGAGUUCCUCGAGUGGGAGCUCAAAGGACAAGGAGAAGCACAGCAGGAGUGCAAAUAAGGUGUCUGGGAGUAAGGACAAAGGAGAUUCAUUUCGCGAUAAAUCCUCCAAGUCAUCGUCAAAGGGGAAGGAUGAUUUUGGGGCAAGUUCCCUCGGGGUGGGGCAUAAAUCUUCAGCUCCGGGUGGGAAUGUGGGUGACAAGGGGGGCGUCCUGGUGUCAACACCGUCAACAACAACGACAAAAUCCAGCUCAAUAAUUGCCCCGUCAAUCCUCCAGAGCUCAAAGGAACUCAUGAGCUCCUCCAAGGAGACUCCGGGAAAAUUCACCACGUCCAACUUCACGGAGAGCGUCGUUGUGAAUUCCGAAUCAGUAUUUGGCAGUGACAGCAGUAAAGGCUCCACGAGCUCUGUGUCCUCGACGGUGGCGAAGAAGCGGAAGGCGGACACGGGGAAGGCAACGAGUGAGGAUUCCAACAAUCCCGCGUGUUUAUCCUUUUGCAGGGAUCUCAUCAAGGAUGUCUCCGUCACGCUCAUUCCACUCAGUUCGGUCGAUAAGCUUGAUCUGAGCGACAUUAAGAAGGUGCGGACAGAGACAGCCACAUCGUCGCCCUCACUUCAGGGCACGCAUGAUGGCAAUUUGGGGAAUCCGUUGAUGGCAUCGUCCGCAACAACACUGGCAAUGUCGAAGCAGCACAUGAUGGGCACGCAGCAGCCACUUGUUGUGCAACCGGCAACGUCAAUCAUCAAGCCGCCCAUUAUGAAGGAUGUGGGCGACCUGGGUAGGGUGCAAUCGUCUGUGUCUCCCUUUGCAGCUGUCUCAGCGCCACCGGAGACAACGACGCAGAGUAUCAGGGUAUCGGUGCCACUGUCAACGGCCUCGGUGGCGGGAAUAAGUCUCCCAACAAGCAACAAUAACUCCUCCUCCUCCUCCUCCUCAGUGGGUCUCAUGUCGCCCAGCACGAGUACAGCCACGAGCCAUGGGAGCCUCUUCCAGCAGGCUCUUCACAAUCGUUCAGUUGAGCAGGUUGGAGCAUUUGGCAUGGCAGCAGCACGAAUGGGGCAGCAGCAGCAGCAGCAGCAGCAACAGAUGGUGGGAAGUCGAGCAAGUCCAAUUGUUCAAGUUCCCUCCGCGCAUCCCAAUGUUAUCCUGCAUCAGGCCACGCUGGAGCGACAAUCACCGCUCGUGCAGACUGCCUCCGCAUCGCCACACCUGCCACACACGCCCGUGAUGGAGCAGAGUGCCCCACCGGCGGGUUCUGUCACCACUGCCAUGCAGAAUCUCUCACCCAGCAUGCACGGGCAGCUCAUUGCGUCCGCCAAUGUGGCCGCCGUCCAUCAAUCCGAUAGUGGCAUGCUGAAGAUUACGUACGAGAAGCAAGCACAGCCUCGUGUCACGCCCACCCCUAUGCAGGAUGAACCUCAACAGCUCUCCGGACGACGAUCGAGUAAGUCACGCUCAUCAAAGAAACGUCCAACAUCGGCAUCAUCAUCAUCAAGCGCAUCGGCGUGUAGCAAGAAUUUGGUGAAGUUCGAUUCAACAACUGAAUGUACUUUUUCACUCACAAAUAGUAACGCCGCCGCGGCAGCUGGACUCAAUCACGGCGGCGAUUUGAUGGGUGGCGCGGGGAUGACUUUCGGUGUGGAGCCGCAAGUCGCCGCCAAGGCACCCCGGGCGGCGACGCGUGCCCAAAUGAGUGACACGCCACCGCCUCAUUCUACUUCCAGGACACCCGAUACGUCCACAAACUUCGGCACAGCCUCCGCGGCGUCAGCCACGUCCUUUGGGGGGCUCAAGUUUACGUAUGAAUCCCAACCGGGAACGUCGGCGGCCACAACGCCGGCUGGGGCCAGUAUGGUGGCCACAUCAACGGCUCCAGCUGUGCUUCUGCCCAAGGAUUCCCCACCAAGUAGCCCUGGGUCGGAAGCAGGAGGUGCCUCGACGCGCAAACGGAGCAGGAAGCAGGCAACAACAACAACGAGCCAACAACCACCAGUGCAGCAGCAGCAGCAGCAGGAGUCCAAAGAGCAACUGAAGAUAUUCCAGAAUGGCAUCCACGUCACUCAUAUGCUGGGAAAUCAACUCAAUCCCGCAAGUAGUGUGGCGCAGAAGAUGUCGGAUCAGCUGCACAUGGAGAUUGAGGCGCACAGUGUCUACACAGCACCUGCCAUGGAUACGAGUCCGCAACUUGUGGGACCACCAUUCCCCGGGAAACAAGCCCCGUACACGAGUAGCAAAGCAACAGCCUCACAGCAGGGACCACCGUCGUUGACAACAAUGCUGGGAGCGGGAUCGGGGUCGUCAAGUGGCUCCGGGACGACGCCGCAGAGUCUCGAGCAACUCCUGGAGCGACAAUGGGAGCAAGGAUCUCAGUUUCUAAUGGAACAAGCGCAGCAUUUUGACAUUGCUUCCCUGCUGUCGUGUCUACAUCAACUGCAGACGGAGAAUGUGAGGCUGGAGGAACAUGUGAACAAUCUCGUGGCAAGGAGGGAUCAUCUUCUUGCUGUUAAUGCACGAUUAGCAAUCCCACUCUCUAAUCCAAAUGCAGUUACUGGACAAGUUCAAUUUAAUAGCAUGAACGUCAAUGGACCUACAGAGGUGGCUGUUUCAGCGGCGGCAGGACGAACAAGUCGUCCAUCGGCAUCGGGGCAGCCGUUUGGGGUGCAACAGCCGGCGGGACAGCAACCACCUGCUCAGCCACCCCAGGCGACACUCCAGCAGAUCCCAGUGGAGAAUGGAGUUGAUUUUCGACAUUCAGCCGUAUCUGCCGUCACAAUAACGUCCCAUCAGCCUCCCAGUAGCAGCAAUGUGAGGCAUUCCCCUGUGACGCAGCCAUUUGUAGCCCAAGCUGCCGUUGGUGGACGUCAAUCGGCGAGUAGUAGUUCAGAUCCAUCAUCGCGAUCGAGAUUGGGUGGCCCCACGGCGGGGGCGAGUGUUUUUCAGGCCCAGCAGACCACGUCAUCGUAUCAGAAACUUGCUUUGUUGCAACAGCAACAGCAGGCGCACACAAUUCGACGUGACGAUGGUCAGGUGAAGCCCAGCUGAAAACAACCACUACUCGAUGAGCAGCGUGGGGGGCGAGUUGCAGCAGCACGACGCGCGUCGUCCAGCAAGCGGAUGAAUGUGCAACUCACGGGGAAUUUCAUUGAAGCAUAUACCGACGAUGGGGGUGGUGGGCGCAAGAGGGGAGGACACGUGUGCAGCAAGAGAUGGGCCAAAGUGUACGGGGAGAUGCGAAUGAGGGUAAAUGAGCGUCAUUUGAUGCGCUACCUGUCGCGUCGUUGCCGGAAAAUGCGUCAAAUGGUGACAAAUCCGGGAAAGUGCUCAUGUCGUCGGAUGUUCGAUCGACGGAGGAAUUUCUACGAGCAGCAGAAGGACGCAGUGCCGGCACGAAGCUCUCAGUGCGGGGUCAACAAUAACAGCUGCAGUGUCAAUAAUAACUUUGAGCCAACACCAAAGGACGAUGCGGCCAUCCGCAGCAGCAAACAAAGCACCAUCAAGAUGACCACGAGUAAGGGAAGUGGUAAGAAUAUUCUCUGCAACAUUAAGAAUAAUCUAGACAAGACUGCCAACUGUGACGCUCAUGCCAAAUUUAAAGACUUUUCAAUUGAUUUUAUUCUCAAAUCUGCUAAUUGAAUUUUCAAAGCUCUUCAAUCUCUUUUCUUUUUGCAAAGGAAUGUUUUUGUUUUUGCAACAUUUAUAUUUUGGAAUUGUUUUUGAAUUAAUUAUUUUUUGAAUAAAAGUGACGAUUUCUUCAUGAAAGUUUCGAUACAAAUUGGUUGUUGAUUUUCUUUGGGAAGAAUUUUGGGAAAAAAGGGUUGAAAAGAGAUUUUUUCGGUGAAAUUUCACGAGCUGAUUUUAUAUUUUUCAUUUUCCUUUCGGGAGCUGGGAUUGGUUGUUUGGUUUCUGUUUUUAUUUGACAGAUUUAUUUGUCAAAUAGAUUCUGUCAAAUACUUCUGUCAAAUACCUUCUGUCAAAAAUUUGUCAAACAUUCUCUGUCAAAUACCUUCUGUCAAAAAUUUGUCAAACAUUCUCUGCCAAAUACCUUCUGUCAAAAAUUUGUCAAACAUUCUCUGCCAAAUACCUUCUGUCAAAAAUCUGUCAAAUACCUUCUGUCAAACAUUCUCUGCCAAAUACCUUCUGUCAAAAAUCUGUCAAACAUUUUCUGCCAAAUACCUUCUGUCAAAAAUCUGUCAAAUACCUUCUGUCAAACAUUCUCUGCCAAAUACCUUCUGUCAAAAAUCUGUCAAACAUUCUCUGUCAAAUACCUUCUGUCAAACAUUCUCUGCCAAAUACCUUCUGUCAAAAAUUUGUCUAACAUUCUCUGCCAAAUAUCUUCUGUCCAAUAUCUGUCAAACAUUCUCUGUCAAGCUAGCUAAUGUUUGUAAAUUACAAAAAGGCAUUUGGCUGGAGAUAUAAAAAUAAUUCGAGAAAAUAAUAAUAAUAAUAAUAAUAAGAAGAAAAUAAUGUCAAAUCCAAAUGAUUCUUCUGUCAAGUUCCUUAAAACUUCUUCUGUCAAAUGAAUGAAGUAACUUAAAAUUUUCCAAUUUACUUAACCGAACUUGAGACCGAAAAUCAGAUUUUUAAGAAACUCAAUAAUUUUAUAUUUCAAAUGUCAAAUCUUUAAUCUUCCUGUCAAAAACUCCAGUUUUUAUUGGAAAAAAUGUCAUACUUUUUUGCCUUUAAACGUCAAAUCUUAAUGAUUUUUUAAAUUCAUUUAAAUUUUUUCCGUCAACUGAUUGAUUAAUUUAAAAAAAUUAAAACGUCAAAUCUUCAAACUUCCUGUCAAAAGCUCCCUAAAAGCUGUCAAAUUCAUAUAUAAACUAUUUUUGUCAAUGAAAUUACUUAUUUUUAAAAUUAAAAAUGUUAAACUUUUAAAUUUUUUGUCAAAUUCCACCUACUAAGCUUUUAUCGCUAAAUAUGUAUGUAUGUACGUCAUAUUUUUAUAUUCUUUUGAAUGUCAAAUUUUAAUGAUUCUUCUGUCAAAUUUCUCUUUACCCUGUCACAAUUAUUGACAUAAUUUUUUAAAUUUCAAAUGUCAAAUCUUCAAGUUUGCUAUCAAAUCUUUAAGUUUUCUGUCAAAUUUUAUUUUUUUUUAUCAAAUAUCAAUAUCAAUUGAGAAAAUUAUUUACGAACUUUGUUUUCUAAUUCAUUUUAAAUAUUUUUUUAAUCUUUUCUGUCAAAUCAGCUUAAUUUUUUUUAAAGAAUAUUUAAUAAAAAAGAAAUUCUUGGAGUUUUCUUAACAAAUUAAUUUUAAACCUUUUCUUAGGCAAAAUGUCGCUGAAUUAAUUUCUUGAGAAAAUAGCGAUAGUUUUGUGGCGCCACCUUUCUGGAAAAUUCAUUUGAAGUGUCGCCACCUAUUGUCUGAUUUUAGGGAUUUUUUUCUGAAACUUACACCAAUCUUUCCAGCUCGUGAAUUUUCUUUCAGUAAUAUUUUUUAAAAAUCUUUUCAAAGCUGAAAAAUCGAUAUUUUUUUGAUAUUCUCAAAAAAAAACAUUUCGGGAGCUUUUUGUGCUUUCUUAUCGAAAAAGAAAAAUUCAAUAAGACUUUAAUUAGAGAAACGAAUUAAAUGAUUUUUUUUGAAAAAUUUAUUCUCCAAAUAACCCUUCAUAAAUAGCAUAAAUUAUUAUGCUUUCAUGUCUCUUUAUGUACUGAAAGAAAGAGAAAAAAAUAAAGGAAAAAAACAAAUUUAAUUAGCAAAGCGUAUUUAAAGAAAAAUUUGCAAAAAAAAACUUAUAAAAAUUAUUUGACAUAGCGUGACGACGGGGAUGUUGAAAGACAUUUCACAGCAUUGCAAUAAAUGCAUUGACAAAGUAAAUUUUCAAUUAAAAAACAAAACAAAAUACAAAAAAUACUGUAAUCUGUAGCGAAAUGAGAAAAGGAAGAAAAAGUAAAAAAAAAUUAGUGAGAAGUGUAGAAAUAGUUGAAAGAAUGAGAAGAAAAAUCCAUUCAAUGGUGUUGCUUGGCUGCGAUUCUUUUUGAGAGAGAGAAAAAACAACAACAAAAUAGCAAAGGAAAUUUAAUUUAAGUGAAACACUUUGUAAUUAAUAAAAAAAAAACUCUCAGUUUUUUUUCUCAUGAAAACCCCUUUUUUUAAAGAAGAAAAAUAAAUAAAUAAAUUAGUAUUUAGCCAUGUAAGUGUUAUUUUUUCCCUGGGAUCGAUUUUUUCCUCCCCCCGAAAGAUUUGUUCAAAGUAGAUGAUUUUUUAAAUAAAGAAAAAAUUAGCAUAAUUAUUUUACACGUGUAGGCGGCUAAUUAGUUCUUUUUUUUUCUUUCUUUCUUCUUCUAAAAAUCGACUGUAAGUGAAAGUAUAAAGAAAAAAAAUAAUAAUUUUUAAUUAAUAAAUGUCGAUGUACAAUUUAGAAAUGUAAGCAGUGUAAUUUUUAUUAAAACAAAAAUAGUCGUAUUGUAUUCAGUAAAUAAUUUUUAUUAAUAUUAAAAAAAAACUUUUUUUUUUAAAUAAAAAAAAAGUUUACAAAAAUUAGCGGAAACUCUGGAAAAUCUUUUGCAUAAUUUAUCUGUAGAAAAAAAAAUCAUUCAAAAAACAUUUUUAUGCAAAUUUUUAAAGAAAAAUUCUAAUGUAGAAAAUAAUUUAUCUCUCCCCCUCCCUCCACCUUCCCCAGCAUCAGUUUAGCUUCUUUUUCUUUCGGUUUUUUUUUUCAAAAUUAAAAAUUAAAAACUCAAGAAAUAUACUCAAAACAAAUUCUCAAUUUUAGAGAGAAUUAUGUUUGAAAGAGAAUCACUGAAAAAAGAAAAUUUUUGGAAGAAAAAAAAAUUAAGAAAAAAUGUUGUGUACGUGCUUAAACAAGUAAAAAAAAAUAAACAAGAGUUUUUAGAGAGAAAAAAAGUCUUCAAAGUCUUCAAAAACGAAAAUUUUUGGGAAUUUCUGCAAAAUAUUUGUAAGAAAACUCAUAAAGUAAAUUUUUAAAUAACAUUAAGAAACUUGAAGAAUACUUUGAGAGAGAAGAAAAAAAAACUUAUAUAGAAAUGAUCAUGAGAUUUGAAAAAUCAGAAAAUAAAAAAUUUCAAUAUUUGAAAAUGUCUUUUUCCCACAAUAAAGUGAACUUUUUUAAUAAUAAUACAUUGCAUUGAAAUUUUCGCAUUAAAAUAAAUUUAGAGACUAUAAAUGGAAGAAAAUAAAAAAUUUUGUAACAUUUGAAAAAAAUCUACCAAUAAACAGAAAAAAAUAUUUUUCAAAAUAAUAAUAACAAUUAAAAAAAAUAAAUCUCAAUAUAAGGGAAAUGUAAAAGAUAUAAAAAAUAAAUAAAUUUGAAAUAUUAACUUCUCAGGUAUUGAAAGAAAUAAAUGAAAAAAAAAUGAAAUUUUGUAAAGAAUUCAUAGCAAGAGUAAAAAAAAAAGGUAUUUUACCACAUUAGUAAGCCUACUGAAGACAAAUAUUAACAAGUAAACUGCAUAAAGUUGUGUAAAAAAAAUAGUGUGUGUCUUUUCAUGCAAUUUUUCAGUAUAAAGAAAAUUUCAUAAAUGUUGAUUUUCCAACAUCUUUUCAAAGAAAAAAAUUUUAUCAAUUUUUGGUGUGAAAAUUUACAACAUUCUAAAGCGGAUUAAGGACGAUUCUUCACACACUUAAAAUGCCAUCAACCAAAAAAAAAAAAAAACAAAUUUUAAUUAAAAGAAAAUUUCUUCAUGAGAUUUCAAUUGCAAUUUACAAAGAAAUGUAAAAUAAAAAGGGAUUUUUUACACAUUGAGUCCACGUACAGCAGCGUAGAAUAAUAUUCAUUUUUUUUUUAUUAAAGACAAAACUCCUCAUUUCCCCCAUUUUCCCGCCCACGCAAUAAAUGAUACAAAGAUGAAAAAGACAGACACACAAUAUCUCUUUCCCCCACAAGUAUAAUAAAAUAAUAAUAUAAUAUUUUUGUGUACAGAGUUUUUGAGAAUAAAGAAAUAAAUUAAA